CCUUGCGGGUGCUUUUAUUGGAUCUGGUGCUGUCAAGCACUGCUGAAGAAUUGGAAGGGCAAACGCGAGUAAGGCAGAGAAAGACUAACAGAAAACACAAUUAUGUGGCUUAUUUCUACCUUUACGUCUAAAAAUGACCAACACGAGAUUUCCUUUUGGGCAACCUGAAACUUAACGCCGUAUAUCAUUUUCUGUUUUUGUGCGAUUGCAUUAGGCAGAGGUGGUACCACAGAUAAUUUGACAGCCUCUACAUCUUUUUUUCUAAAAGAGGGAAAAAUUGUGGGCCUUUGAUUCACUGCUACCCCUUUCUAAUGCUUCAACCUACUGAGGAUUUUUUUUUCUUUCCACGUUGACAGUGGUCGCUUGACUGGGGCUUUACAGGAUGAAUUAUAUUUUUCGUAAUAGUUAUUUGCUUGGCAGAUAAAUGGAAUGUUAUAUUGGACUACACGCAUUUUGUUGCACGGGGGAGCCUUCAAGUCGGAGCGAAUGCCGGAGGAACACUAUGCUUGGUGAAUAUUCGAGCCUGUUGAUGAUGAAUGACACAGAAGUGGAGCAAACUGUCGUGAGAACCGGUUUGUGCCUAAUGUCUUGAAUUGAAGAGUGUAACCAGAUUGUGAAAGGAAAGGAGGACAUCCCACUAAAUUGGAUGUUUUUGGGUGGAGAAGGCGACACAACUCGAAAGGCACGGACGAAAAUGGAUAAAACUAUUACAUAAACCAAGGAGAACUGGCCUUUACUUGUAAAGAGCAAAGUUAAGAAUGCCUAAAUGAUGUGGUACGAAGAGGAGCGCGAAGAGAGUAAUAGAUAAAUAGCAUAUGGGAUUGACUUGUCGAUUUGAAGGGUAACGGGAUUCAUGUUCGCGAUUAAAAUCGCCACUUUGAGACAAAAUAUACUGUCCAUAAUUUACUUCAUGUAAAAGGCAGAAAGGAAAUCUGUUUCCUGGUUGGGGGGUGGGGGGAAGGAAGAUAUAUUAUUCAUGGUCUCUGUGAGGGAAGCGGUGGAGAGAAUUUUGCAUUAAGAUUUAAAAAAAGGAAAGAAAGAAAGAAGACGUCAAGGAGAAACGGAAUAACUGGAGGGCAGAAGCAGAGCACUUAAGCAAAAGGAAUUGGCAAUAGUGGCGUUGAAGCAUGGGCUGUGCUUCAAGCAUUCAUAUCUCUGAUAGGGUGGUCUAUCAUAGUGGCAAAGAUUCCGAGGAGUCCCACUCGCCCCAGCAGACCAAUACCACUCAGCAAUCUCAACAGCAAGGAAAUCCAGCCCAAGGAUUACCAAUUAAACCAUCCAGUUACAAGACUACAUCAACAGAGGUGCAGUUUGGACCAAUGAAGUUAUUCGAAGAUCAGCUUCAGGUACUUUUAGUGUUUGCCAAAGAAGACAACCAGAGCAGUGGCUUCUGUUUGGCGUGUGAGAAAGCCAACUUCAAGUGCAGUAUCGCACGAACUCCCGAAUCUGCACUGGAGUGCUUUGUGGAAAAGCAUCAUGACCUCAUCAUCAUCGAUCACAGACAUUCCAGAUACUUUGAUGCCGAAGCACUAUGUCGGUCUAUUAGAGCGGCAAACUCGUCAGAAAACACUGUGAUUGUCGCUGUUGUGAAAAGGCCGGAUCGCGAAGAAGCCACUGUGAUGUCUCUGAUAGCUGCAGGAUUCAACAGGCGGUAUGUGGAGAAUGCCAACAUGAUGGCCUGCUACAACGAGCUUGUCCAGCUGGAGCAUGGAGAAGUGCGGGCCCAGUUCAAGCUAAGAGCGUGCAAUGCCAUUUUCAGUGCACUGGAGCAGAGCCAAGAGGCCAUUGAGAUCACAAGUGAAGAUCAAGUGAUUCAGUACGUAAACCCUGCAUACGAGUCCACCAUGGGAUAUCAGAAAGGCGAACUCCUAGGGAAGGAAAUUAUACAAGUGCCUAAAAGUGAGAAGAAUAAACCUGAUCUUCUUGAAACGAUAAAUUCUUGCAUACGGAAAGGAAAGGAGUGGCAAGGGAUUUAUUAUGCCAAAAAGAAGAAUGGAGACAGUGUCCAACAAAAUGUGAACAUUACACCUGUUAUUGGACAGGGAGGAAAAAUCAGACACUAUGUGUCUACUAACAGGCCUUUAAAUGAUAAUAAUAAGAGUGAGAAGUCCAGUUCAGUACAAGCUGAGUCUCAAACAGAUAUCCAGUCCUGCAAACACAAGGACCGCAGGAAAGGAUCGCUGGAUGUCCGCUCUACUACAUCACGAGGCAGCGACGGAAGCUCCCAGAGAAGGCACUCUUCUAUGGCGAGGAUCCACUCCAUGACCAUAGAAGCACCCAUAACAAAGGUGAUAAACAUCAUCAAUGCGGCCCAGGAGAGCAGCCCCAUGCCGGUGGCGGAGGCCCUGGAUCGGGUGCUGGAGAUCCUGCGCACCACCGAGCUCUACUCCCCCCAGCUGGGCACUAAGGAGGAGGACCCACACACCAACGACCUGGUCGGCGGACUCAUGACGGAUGGCUUACGAAGAUUGUCUGGAAACGAGUACAUAUUCUCAACCAAACAGCCCCACCACAUCCCCAGUCACCUGACCACGCCGCUCUCGCUCAACGACAUCCCGCCUCGGGUGGCCCAGACCAUGGAAAAUGAAGACUCAUGGGACUUUGACAUCUUCAACCUAGAGGCAGCCACCAUAAAGCGGCCGCUAACCUUUUUGGGCCUGAAGGUCUUCUCGAGGUUCGGCGUGUGUGAGUUCCUGAGCUGUCCAGAGGCCACGCUGCGCUCGUGGCUGACGGUGAUCGAGGCCAACUACCACUCCAGCAACCCCUACCACAACUCCAGCCACGCCGCAGACGUGCUGCACGCCACCGCAUACUUCCUCUGCAAGGAGCGAGUCAAGCAAAGCCUGGAGCCUAUGGACGAGGUGGCGGCCCUGAUCGCAGCCACGGUGCAUGACGUGGACCACCCGGGCCGCACCAACUCCUUCCUGUGCAACGCGGGCAGCGAGCUGGCCAUCCUCUACAACGACACCGCCGUGCUGGAGAGCCACCACGCCGCACUCGCCUUCCAGAUCACCACUCGCGAUGACAAGUGCAACAUCUUCAAGAACAUGGAGAGAAAUGAGUACCGGACACUCCGACAAGCCAUCAUCGACAUGGUCCUGGCCACCGAGAUGACCAAGCACUUCGAGCAUGUCAACAAGUUUGUCAACAGCAUCAAUAAGCCCCUGGCGGCAUUGGAGGAGAAUGGGGGGAACGGUGAUGAGGAAUCCGUCAAAGGAAUUUUGACGUCUCCCGAGAAUCGAAUCCUUGUCAAACGCAUGCUCAUUAAGUGUGCCGACAUCUCUAAUCCCUGUCGACCACUGGAGCUUUGCAUUGAGUGGGCUGGCCGCAUUUCAGAAGAAUAUUUUGCACAGACUGAUGAAGAGAAGCGGCAGGGUUUGCCCGUGGUCAUGCCCGUGUUUGACAGGAACACCUGUAGCAUCCCCAAAUCCCAGAUCUCCUUCAUAGACUACUUCAUCACAGACAUGUUUGAUGCCUGGGACGCAUUUGCAGAUCUCCCGAAUCUCAUGCAGCAUUUGGACAACAACUACAAGUAUUGGAAAGGCCUCGACGAACGGAAGCUCCAUAGCCUGCGGCCACCACCAGAGUAAGGGUGGAAGGGGGCAGCGUCUGGAUUGGGCUGUCCCUUUGCCCGAGUUCGACACCCCGCCUUGCCACGCCACACCGGCCCUCUCCCCUCGCCUCGCCUGGUCCGACCACUUCCAAGCAGGCCUCCAGACCGCUUCUCUUUGCUCUCUCUCUCUCUCUCUCUCUCUCUCCCUCUCUCUCUCUCUCUCUCUCUCUCUCUCUCUCUCUCUCUCUCUCUCUCUCUCUCUCUCUCUCUCUCUCUCCUGGAGCUAGUCUGCACACCCCUCCUCUCUCCUUCCGUCCUCUAUCACAGUGCACAGUGCCGGAGCAGCAGCCUUGGGCUGCCCAGGCCUGCUAGCCCUAGCCCUAGCCCAAGCCCUGGGGUCAAUUCAGGCCUGCUAGCCCUAGCCCUAGCCCUGGGGUCAAUUCAGGCCUAGCUCUGGCCCUAGCCCUGGGGUCAAUUCAGGCCUAGCCCUUGCCCUUGCCCUGGCCCUAGCCCUGGGGUCAAUUCAGGCCUGGCUCGUCCCAGCACACUUGCCUUCGUAAGCCUAGUCCGUCUCGAAACACACGACUGUAGGUGAUCAGCUGCUUGGCUUGAGAGUGGACUGGCCAAAUGAUGGACAAAAGCGAAACUGGAGACACAGGAGAACGAAAGAAAGAAAGAAAUGAAGGAAAAAACAAAACAAAACACGACAGGCACUUGGACCUCUGUGCAGAUAUGUUGGCCCAACAGGAAUUGUGAUGUUGGGUGACUCUAUGCGGGAUGAGACCCACAAGUGAGGUCCAGCCUGCUCCUUCCAAAACAGGCAUAACAUGAUCUUUUUAGUAAGACUGCACCGCUAUAGCAGAGAAGCGGAGAUUAAAAACAAAAAAAUAUCUCAUGAGAGGAGUUGAAGAGAUGGAAAGUAGCAUGUAAUACGUGUGUGUGUGUGUGUGCGUGUGCGUGUGCGUGUGUGUGUGUGUGUGCGUGUGCGUGUGCGUGUGCGUGUGCGUGUGCGCGUGUGCGUGUGCGUGUGCGUGUGCGUGUGCGUGUGCGUGUGCGUGUGUGCGUGUGCGUGUGUGUGUGUGUGUGAGAGAGAGAAAAUGAGAGAGAGAGAGGGAGAGAGUGUGUGCGUUUGUGUGUGCACAUGCGAUGAUUCUUAUCCAGACCCCUGCUACUGCGAUGGGACUAGUCAUGUCCAGGCUUUCAGAAGGAAGACUGCAGAGCCACACUCCUCCUGUACCGGGCCUGCAGAGCCACACUCCAUCUGUACCGGUCCUUGCUGGUUUUUCAUUGUUUAUCAUUUUGUUUGGGGGAGGGGGGCUUAUUUCCCUUUAAGAAGACAUGUCUACUAUGCUAAUCCUUGACUCUCAAAAGGGCAUGUGGCAAAUUACACAGCCCUUCGAAGGCCGUCCUACAAAACAUAUACAGCGCCAAUUUAGGACGCUUACUGAAGACAACACAAAUGUAACCAUUUGAAAGAAAGGUCACUAUUACAGAUUGACAUUGAUGUAUUUAUUUUGUUUUUUGGUUUUUUUAGAUGUUCAUUAUUUUCUAUACUAAAAUAAAUAAAUGAAAUGAUCAAUUAGCUAAUGAAAUGGAAGGAAGAACAAAGUAAAAAAGAACCAAUGGAAGCCAAAGCUGAUUAACAGAAAUUAUAAUCCAGUUAAGACUUGUCCAUAUUUAAUACCCGUAGAGAAGGAAGGAAAAAAAAUCAUUCACAUUAAAAAAAGAAACCUUUUAUUUUCUUAUUACAAAUACUAGUUUGAAUGACACAUUUAUAUUGCACUGUAAACAAUGAUGGGUAUGUAAUAUUCCUCUAAUUUUUGUCCAAGAAGGCUGGGAUACUGAAUUUGGGAAUAAGCUCUUACGUUGUUGAUCACUUGGGUGUUUGGUUGUGUGUGCGCAGAUACGCCACUGCAAGAUGCGUAACUCCUCUUUCAUACUGUUGACCACACGGCACUCGGCGACAGCAGAAAAAUCUGUGAAAAGGAAUGAAAAAAAAAUAUUUUGGACUUGAACUGACCUUCUUCUUCUUCUUUUUCUCCCAGAAUUGUUUUGUAUCUGGUUUAUCCUACUGAAAAAGACUGCCUUAUUUUAUACAAUAUUUAUACAGUACAUCCCACUGUGUAACCAUAAAGGACAUUCUGGAGUUUUU